UUGUGCUACCUCCAUCACUACUUCUCAACCGCGGUUAAACCUGCAUCAUGCCGAAGCGUGGAAGGGGUGGUUCAUCUGGUGGAAAGUUCCGAAUUUCAUUGGCUCUUCCUGUUGGAGCUAUAAUGAACUGUGCUGACAACAGUGGUGCCAAAAAUUUGUAUGUAAUAGCUACGUUUGGUGUUCGAGGUCGCUUGAACCGUCUUCCAUCAGCAGCAACUGGUGACCUCAUUGUUUGUUCAGUUAAAAAGGGGAAACCAGAACUAAGGAAAAAAGUGUUGUAUGCUGUAGUUGUCAGACAACGUAAGGCCUUCAGACGAAAAAACGGAGUAUUCAUUUAUUUUGAGGACAACGCCGGUGUGAUUGUCAACAACAAAGGUGAACUCAAAGGGUCAUCUUGCUCUUGGCAGGUUUAUUCAUGUUUAGAUUAGUAUGUUUCCGUUAACUCCAAAAACAUGGUGGUAAGAUCUUUGCAGUUAUAACUGCGUGAUUUAACACAGGACUAUGAUAGACUGUAUUUUGGUGACAGAACCUUAUGAAAGACCCGAGUUCAGGAUCUGAAAUAUAAUAUCCAUAUACAUUCCUUAAACCGUUCAUUAAGUUGUCAUGUUAGUGUUUCGGACAAACUAUGUUUAGCUGUUUUUUCAAUCAGCCUUUUGUAUGCCUGUCGAAGACUAAUUACUUAGCAAAACUUAUUGUACGUUGUAUUUGUAAUUGAUCUUUUAGAGCUUAGAUGAAGUUGCAUUUGCUUGCUGUCACACCAAGAAUAAUAGAUUAACAAUCCCCAUCGAAGUAGAUAAAACUAAUUAAUCCAACAUGCAGUAGUCCCGUGGGUUGCUUGGUAGUGCUACCCUUACCUUCCUAGAAAUUUGUUACAGGUUGAGUUUUCAAUUGCUUCCUGGAUUGUCAGUGGACUAAAUCAUGGAUUAGUUUAAUAGCAUUCUUCGUAUUGGAUAGCUGCGCCUUAAGAUCUUAUUACGUGAGACAAAAGAAAGUGUAGUAUCAUUAAAUAUAUAUAAAGGGAUAGGGAAUUCAGUUGUCACUAAUAAUCAGUAUCACUUUUAGGAAGUGUUGCAUGUUCUCAAUUGGUAAACAUGUAUUGCUGGUCGUUCGUAGUGUUUUUCCUGGUUGUUUCUAUAAGAAUUGUCUUACUAAACGGUGUUCUUGCUGACUUUUUAACUAGCUAUUCCUUCUCCUUUGUUUUCACAUUAUCAUCUUGUUUGUGCAUUUUCUAAAGUCAUAUCUUACCAGGAUUUAUCUGGUUCGGGUGAGCAUUCAGUGAGGAUUACUAACCCAGACAAAAUUGUGAGUGCCUUCACAUUUUCGUGCUGUCGGGUGCCUAGUUUGUAAACGAUUACUGUUCAAAGCAUUCAUUAACAACCGUAAUGCUUGAAUAGCCAGUAAUCUAUUUAGAUACUUCGAAGAGAUAGUCCACGCAGCGAUAACAGAUAAUCUUCUACUGAUUGUAAUACUACUGGUUACGUUCAGUAAAUUGUUGUACUAAAUAAAAUCUCAAGCAUAUUAUUUUCAUUAAAUAAUAAGGCCUAAUGGCCUCACACACCUGCCCUAAAGUACUGUUAGCACUUACAAACUGAUUAGUAGUUUUACGUGCUAGUCUAACGAGUUGUUUGAACUUCAGUUUCGCGUAGGCAUACAAUCUUCCAUACUUUUCAAAGCAAACAAUUCAUUUCCACCUUAAUAAACAAUGAUUGUAAGAUUUUUGCCAUUAUCUCGUGUUAAUUUGGAACGUUAAAGACGUUUAAUGGAAAGAACAUAACUUUUCACUUGUUCAGUCAUUCGGUAAAGUAAACCCUACUUUUUCCAUUUCAGGUUCGGCAAUUACCGGUCCUGUGGCUAAAGAAUGCGCUGAUAUGUGGCCAAAGAUUGCAUCAACCGCCAGUUCAAUUCAUUAGUUAAUAAAUUUGUACAAUUGGC